UUAGAAUUUUAUUAAUAAUUAAAGCGGCUUGAAUUAUAACAAAAAAAAAAAAUCAGUAAAUCAUUGAAGAAUAUUCUGUUACAAUUGAUUAUUUUAUGACUCAGGAACAAAAUAAUCCGGCAUCGAUUUUACAUGAUUAUUAGAAAAUGUUCCGAUUAACGUUUUUGUUGUGUCUCGUCGUUACCCUUCGAGCUGACUCCAUGCUCGACAAGGUACUCGAUAAUAUUAUCACUAUCGAGCAAAAUCCUACCGGCUCCUUUUGGCAAACUUUCAAGUGGUUUCGCCGCGAUAUUGACAGUGGGGCGCCUUAUAAUCCGGAUCAGGACUUGACAACUCCCGAAAUUGCCAUUCGCCAUGGAUAUCCGGCCGAAACGCAUACCGUAAAAACUGAUGAUGGUUAUCUUUUGACCUUACAUCGCAUUCCAUGUGGCCGAGCUGGUUGUGCAAAAGGCGCCCGGGGCAAAGGUCAGCCAGUUUUCCUGCAACACGGAUUACUUUCAAGCUCUGCAGAUUGGCUGUUGACAGGUCCCGAAAAAUCCUUGGCUUUCAUUCUUGCUGAUGCGGGUUACGACGUGUUUCUGGGAAAUGCGCGCGGAAACACCUACAGCCGGAGUCACGUGUCCUUGCGAAAUGACGAAGCAGCUUUCUGGGAUUUCAGUUGGGAUGAGAUGGCGAAAUAUGAUUUGCCGGCGGAGAUUGAUUAUGUGUAUGACUUGAAAGCGGUGGAGCAGAACGAGACACGACGCGAUUUGUUGUAUGUCGGUCACAGUAUGGGCACGACAAUGAUGUUCGCGUUACUUUCGUCGAAGCCGGAAUAUAAUGACAAAAUUCAAGCAGUUUUUGCUUUGGCUCCCGUUGCUUAUAUGACGAACGUAAAAAGUCCCAUACGACUACUUGCGCCAUUAUCGAAAGAUAUCGAGACAAUUUUCAAAUUUCUCGGUGCGAAUGAGUUUCUUCCGCAAAAUUGGGUCUUGAGAUUUCUCGCGAAAUACGGGUGCGAAUUGACACCCGCUGAAAAGGAAAUUUGCGAAAAUUCUGUUUUCAUUCUUUGUGGCUUCGAUAAGGAGCAGUACAAUGCAACACUGUUUCCAGUAAUUUUUGCUCAUACGCCAGCGGGAACGUCGACGAAGACUGUGCUGCAUUUCGCUCAAGAAAUUCAUGAAAAUGGGAAUUUUCAGUACUACGACUAUGGAGAGAGUGGCAACAUGAAGAAAUAUGGACAGCAAAAGGCGCCGUUAUACGAUGUCACUAACAUUCGGACACCAAUUGCCUUUUUCUGGGCGCAAAAUGAUUGGCUUGCAGGACCAAAGGAUGUGGAACGGCUCUAUGAACGACUUAAUAGCACGUCAAUUGGAUCUUUUAAGAUACCUUUUGAGCCAUUUAAUCACGUGGACUUUAUGUGGGGAAUCGAUGUAAAAACGUUGGUUUAUCGACCAUUAUUGAAUCUCAUGCACCGUUUCCGUUAAAUUUUGUUAUUUUAUUUUCUAAAAAUAAGAAAUAAAAAUUGUUUUUAAAUUAACUUGUCAAUUUCGGUCAAAAUUUACCAAGAAAUUCACACUCACUUACCGUGUCCGUAAAUUGCUGUAAACACUUCCGCGUAAAGGAAAACUGAAAAUUCGAUAAUUGGACAAGUUGAUUGUUUUUGAAUUUUCCUAUAAAAGAUAAUGUCGUUUCUAAUAAAGACUUAAUACGCCAAGA